AUGUCUGUUGCCAGGUCACCUAGCUUGGAUGAAGAUAGCUUUGUCGAGCCAGUCGAAGAGACGCAAGAUGCACUGGACGAUAAGCCUUCGAGGUACACAAGACGCCGCGCCAACGUCUUUGAUGCGGUAGCUGGUCGAGUCAACGCCCGGGGUGUUCACCCACACCGUACAGUUGCCUCUCAACACCGCGAUACAGCCUCGACAAACGCUCGAAGUUUGCGUCCAGAGGAGCUUCUAUAUCGCAAGCAGAACAUUCCAGCAGAAUCAAUCGAGGAGAAAAUCUACUUCGCACAUGAGAAUCUUUCCUCUGAUCAAACUCUUCCGAACUCCGAACUCCUUGAGACGAUACAUGCCUAUGCGGCCGACUACUACGAAUACGCUACGGCAGACAACGGCAAGGAUGACUAUCAGACCAUGGAUGAGACAGCACUGCUUGCACUGGGGAUCCUGAUCGAAGAGAUGGCCAAGGAGGAACUGGGAGAAACCGGAGAUCUAGCUCUGGUUGAAGGACAAGAGCUGUCGGGGGAAGAGGAUGAAAAGACAGCACCCGAGAGCGACACCACAACUAAACUGGCAGCACGAGCAGCGCGAAGAAAACGAGCAAACAGUACUGUCCGUCAAAGAUCAAAACGACGCAAGUUGGCUCGUUCUGUUUCUGUUACAACCGAUUUCGACACCGAGAUUGAUGAAAGAAGAUGA